AUGGCUGUGUUUCAGGUGUCAGUAGCAGCUUCUUCCCCCCCCCUCAGUGAGUGGAGUGCGUAUUGUUUGUCAGCCCCGGGCCCCAGGCAGUAGCCGAAGGGGACUCCCUGUGUCUGGACUGCUUUGCUGAGACCAACCCUUCUCCUCAGUACCAGUGGUAUCAUAGCAAACAACCAAUGCUGAUGGGCAAGAAAAGCACCCUGAGGGUCAGUGCAGUUAUGGGUCCCCUGAAUAUAUGAUUACUAUGUUUAAAAAGUAUAGGUCCCAUUCUAUCAGCCAUCUUGGAACUGUAUGUGUCUGUGUUUUGGCUGUAUGUGAUUGUCAUGUUUGGAGUUGGUACUGUAUGUGUACUGUUUUGUCUGCAGAUCCUGUGUGUGACCACAGCAGAUAGAGGACAGUACAGCUACAGAGUGUUCAACCUCUACCACGAGGUGUGGAGCAACCAGGUCUAUGUCAUAAUAGGUGAGAGUGGUGCAUCUGUAGUGUUUGUAUUGUCUGUAACAGAAGUCAGUCUGUUAUUUCUGUUCUGUGGUCAGACUUUGAUGACUUCUUUUCUAUGUUUCGCUUUUAGUUUUGUCUUAAUUUUGAGGAUUCAUGCAUGAAAUGGUUGAAUUGGUAAUUCUAGUUAUAAUAAUAUGUUUUGAUUGUCCAGGAAAGCACAUGACACACUGCUUUGACUGACUUCCUUGUUUGUGGUGUUUGUAGACCCUGGUUCCACCAUUGAUGCCUCCUGGGCAGAAGUAGACCAUGGUAAAAACAUCAUAGUACUGUAUUUUAACCACCUUCACUAUUUUUCCAUUCAGUAUCUCACCUGUUUUUUAAUCGGCAUACCGCAACCGGUAAUGUGAUUAAUUUAUAACAACAUUAUAAACAAUAUUUUACAGCUGCCAGUCCUAGCCCUGCCAGGCAGAUAAGUAAAUUAUAUGGUAAGUGCAAUAAAACAUUUAACCAUCUAAAAGGAAAUGCAGUGUAGAAAAAAAAGCUUUAGAAACACAAAUGACUGUAUAUGUAUAUGAUUGUCCCAUUUGAAUAACAUAUUUCUGCUAUGUACCCUCAUUCCUUGAUUUCCUCUUGUUUGUCAUAGCCACAGACAAGGUGGCCCUUCUGAUGGGCAACAUGAACUACCUGCACCACAGGCCGCUGCGAGCCCCCAUGGCAGAUGUGCACGAAAUGACCAACCUGCUGCGCCAGCUGGACUUCAAGGUGGUUUCUCUGCUGGACCUCAACUAGCAGGAGACGCACAGUGCUGUGACUGAGUUCCUACUACUGCUUGACCGUGGAGUCUAUGGUCAGUUAAGUUACUAUAAGAUAUCAUAGUAGUUAAAUAGUAAUAUUAUAGAAUGAUAUGCAUUGUCCAGCUGUCUAAUAGUGCCCACGCUUCUCCCGUUCCACCUCUCCCAUCAUGUUCCAGGGCUUCUGUACUUUGCGGGUCAUGGUAAUGAGAAUUAUGGGAACAGUUUCAUGGUGCCCAUUGAUGCCCCGGCCUCUUAUACCUCAGAGAACUGCCUGUGGGUGCAGGAUGUGCUACAGUGGAUGCAGGAGCGAGAGACAGGCCUCAAUAUCUUUCUGUUGGACAUGUGUCGCAAAAUUUACAGUUUUCAGCAUCAACUAUGUGAUUGGGUUCUAUGAUAAUGUAAUGAUGAUAUUGCUGGUAUGAUGUUUAAUUAAAUUAAUAUCUGUAUUAAACUUAUAUUGUCUUAGAAACUUGAACGACGGCAUCCCUCCACAGCCGGGGCAACUGAAAGUGACUGCAAACAUAGUGUUUGGUAAUGCCACGUGAGUUACUUCUCUGCCGCCUAAAAGUAACUCUCACUCAAAUACACAUAUCACAGAAUGUGUUAUAUUAAUCUCUGAUUAUGCCUAGUUGUGUGGAUGCAGAGGCCUUUGAGGUGAACAAAGACGACGUGUCCAAUGGAAUUUUCAUCAGUUUCCUCAAACAGAGGGUCAUGCAUGACGAGAAGGUCACUGUCAUGCUGGACAGGGUGGCCGAAGGUAUCACUAUUACUGAUUACAUUGAAUAUACGCUAUAAAAAUAAAAAAUGUAUUUUGAAGUAUUGUGACACAUGUCAUGAAUACCAAUCUUUAAAAAUGUAUGUUAAUGUAGUUUCUCUGUUUGGUUCAUGUAUCUGUACAGACAUGGGUCGGUGUGAGAUCACACGAGGGCGGCAGGCUCUAGAGUUACGCAGUAAUCUGUCUGAGCGACGUGGACUCACUGACCGCAUCCAGGGCUCUGGCUGCCCAGAGACCACUUCAGCACGUAACCUGCAGUGGGCCAUAGCACAUGGUGAGUCCUUUGGCUUAUUCACCAUGCAUGUUUCAAUCAAGGUACAUUAGUGGAGUGACCAAAUGGGUUUUGAAGCCGGGUCAUCUGUGUAAAUCAAGAUAACAUUAUCCCUCUGAGCUAAUGCCAAGGCAUUCACUCUUGGAGCUGAUAUGAGUUCUGGUAGAGCUAAGUAAGCACUGCAUAACGGCUUCAAUAAGCAUUGCCUGUUCCAGUUCUUCCAGAGAGUCAUAACCUGCAGUUUGACAGUGGCGUGAAGGUGCAGCUGGGCUUCGCAGCAGAGUUCUCCAACAUCAUGAUCAUCUACACCCGAAUAUUGGAGAAGCCCAAGGACAUUGUGUCCUGCUCUGUUCAUCUCAAAUCAAAUCAAAUCAAAUCAAAUUGUAUUGGUCACAUGCGCCGAAUACAACAGGUGCAGACAUUACAGUGAAAUGCUUACUUACAGCCCUUAACCAACAGUGCAUUUAUUUUAAACAAAAAAGUAAGAAUAAAACAACAACAAAAAAGUGUUGAGAAAAAAAGAGCAGAAGUAAAAUAAAGUGACAGUAGGGAGGCUAUAUAUACAGUAAAAUAAAGUGACAGUAGGGAGGCUAUAUAUACAGGGGGGUACCGUUGCAUAGUCAAUGUGCGGGGGCACCGGCUAGUUGAGGUAGUUGAGGUAAUAUGUACAUGUGGGUAGAGUUAAAGUGACUAUGCAUAAAUACUUAACAGAGUAGCAGCAGCGUAAAAAGGAUGGGGUGGGGGGGCAGUGCAAAUAGUCCGGGUAGCCAUGAUUAGCUGUUCAGGAGUCUUAUGGCUUGGGGGUAGAAGCUGUUGAGAAGUCUUUUGGACCUAGACUUGGCACUCCGGUACCGCUUGCCGUGCGGUAGCAGAGAGAACAGUCUAUGACUAGGGUGGCUGGAGUCUUUGACAAUUUUGAGGGCCUUCCUCUGACACCGCCUGGUAUAGAGGUCCUGGAUGGCAGGGAGCUUUGCCCCAGUGAUGUACUGGGCCGUACGCACUACCCUCUGUAGUGCCUUGCGGUCAGAGGCCAAGCAGUUGCCAUACCAGGCGGUGAUGCAACCAGUCAGGAUGCUCUCGAUGGUGCAGCUGUAGAAUUUUUUGAGGAUCUGAGGACCCAUGCCAAAUCUUUUUAGUCUCCUGAGGGGGAAUAGGCUUUGUCGUGCCCUCUUCACGACUGUCUUGGUGUGUUUGGACCAUGAUAGUUCGUUGGUGAUGUGGACACCAAGGAACUUGAAGCUCUCAACCUGUUCCACUACAGCCCCGUCGAUGAGAAUGGGGGCGUGCUCAGUCCUCUUUUUUUUCCUGUAGUCCACGAUCAGCUCCUUUGUCUUGGUCACGUUGAGGGAGAGGUUGUUGUCCUGGCACCACACGGCCAGAUCUCUGACCUCCUCCCUAUAGGCUGUCUCAUCGUUGUCGGUGAUCAGGCCUACCACUGUUGUGUCGUCGGCAAACUUAAUGAUGGUGUUGGAGUCGUGCCUGGCCAUGCAGUCAUGGGUGAACAGAGAGUACAGGAGGGGACUGAGCACGCACCCCUGAGGGGCCCCCGUGUUGAGGAUCAGUGUGGCAGAUGUGUUGUUACCUACCCUUACCACCUGGGGGCGGCCCGUCAGGAAGUCCAGGAUCCAGUUGCAGAGGGAGGUGUUUAGUCCCAGGAUCCUUAGCUUAGUGAUGAGCUUAGAGGGCACUAUGGUGUUGAAUGCUGAGCUGUAGUCAAUGAAUAGCAUUCUCACGUAGGUGUUCCUCUUGUCCAGGUGGGAAAGGGCAGUGUGGAGUGCGAUAGAGAUUGCAUCAUCUGUGGAUCUGUUGGGGCGGUAUGCAAAUUGGAGUGGGUCUAGGGUUUCUGGGAUUAUGCUGUUGAUGUGAGCCAUGACCAGUCUUUCAAAGCACUUCAUGGCUACAGACGUCAGUGCUACGGGUCGGUAGUCAUUUAGGCAGGUUAUCUUAGAGUUCUUGGGCACGGGGACUAUGGUGGUCUGCUUGAAACAUGUUGGUAUUACAGACUCAGUCAGGGACAUGUUGAAAAUGUCAGUGAAGACACUUGCCAGUUGGUCAGCACAUGCUCGGAGUACACGUCCUGGUAAUCCGUCUGGCCCUGCGGCCUUGUGAAUGUUGACCUGCUUAAAAGUCUUACUCACAUCGGCUACGGAGAGCGUGAUCACAUAGUCAUCCGGAACAGCUGGUGCUCUCAUGCAUGCUUCAGUGUUGCUUGCCUCGAAGCGAGCAUAGAAGUGGUUUAGCUCGUCUGGUAGGCUUGUGUCACUGGGCAGCUCGCGGCUGUGCUUCCCUUUGUAGUCUGUAAUAGUUUUCAAGCCCUGCCACAUCCGACGAGCGUCAGAGCCAGUGUAGUAUGAUUCAAUCUUAGACCUGUAUUGACUCUUUGCCUGUUUGAUGGUUCGUCGGAGGUCAUAGCGGGAUUUCUUAUAAGCGUCCGGGUUAGAGUCCCGUUCCUUGAAAGCGGCAGCUCUACCCUUUAGCUCAGUGCGGAUGUUUCCUGUAAUCCAUGGCUUCUGGUUGGGGUAUGUACGUACGGUCACUGUGGGGACGACAUCAUCGAUGCACUUAUUGAUGAAGCCAGUGACUGAUGUGGUGUACUCCUCAAUGCUGUCUGAAGAAUCCCGGAACAUAUUCCAGUCUGUGCUAGCAAAACAGUCCUGUAGCUUAGCAUCUGCGUCAUCUGACCACUUUUUUAUUAGCCGAAUCACUGGUGCUUCCUGCUUCAGUUUUUGCUUAUAAGCAGGAAUCAGGAGGAUAGAGUUAUGGUCAGAUUUGCCAAAUGGAGGGCGAGGGAGAGCUUUGUAUGCGUCUCUGUGUGUGGAGUAAAGGUGGUCUAGAGUUUUUUUCCCCUCUGGUUGCACAUUUAACAUGCUGGUAGAAAUGAGGUAGAACGGAUUUAAGUUUCCCUGCAUUAAAGUCCCCGGCUACUAGGAGCGCUGCAUCUGGAUGAGCGUUUUCCUGUUGAUUAAUGGCCUUGUACAACUCAUUCAGUGCAAUCUUAAUGCCAGCAUUGGUUUGUGGUGGUAAAUAGACAGCUAUGAAAAAUAUAGAUGAAAACUAUCUUGGUAAAUAAGAGAACUCUCUUGGUAAAUAAAAAAACUCUCAAAGACUUCACUGAGGUUAGCUGCUCCAUUGUCAAAAUGUCUUAAUAUGUUCAACAAUAUUCCACUGCAGCACAAUCAGGCAUGGUGACUCUAUUAAACAUUGCACAGUAAUACGUUUCUGUCAUGUAGACAUGUAAUCAUACUCGUUCCUGUUUCCUAUUGUGUUCUUUAUGAUGGCAGGGUUUGGAUCUGGAUCUGAAGAUGAGUAAUCAGGAGAGCCUCCUAGAUGCAGGGAGUUUACUGCCAAUGGACAUCCUCCUGCCUGCAGAGCUCCCAGGCCUCUACACCCGCCUGAAGGGCCUACAGAGACUCAAGGUCAGGGUUCAAUUUACACACUGACUCUCGGGGGUGCCCCAAAACAGUGGGACCAUUGUUAGUAUUAGAAAUCCAAAUCAGAUAUCAUUGUUACCAGAUUUGUCCAAAUCAAAUUGUAUUUUAUACAUGUGCCAAAUACAACAGGUGUAGACUUUACCGUGAAAUACGUACUUACGAGCUCUUUUCCAACAAUGCAGAGUUCAAAAUAAAAUAAUAUAUUGGAUAUGUGAGAGCCCAGGCAACCCUGUAAGAACCUUGCUCAAGGUGAUUGUGAAUCCCUUCUCUGUGUAGGCCUGUGGUUUAUAUGAGUUAUGUGACUAUCCUCUUUUUAUGAGCUCUGACACAUCUGCCUUUGCUUGUUCUCAUUACAGAAGGAGCUGACAUUCACUGUGUGCCCAGUAUCAAUAUACGAACUUGGAUGAGGAGGUCCAAGAGAGGCAAACUGUCACUGUGGGCAAACCACUGGUAUUCAAACUAAAUCUCCACGAACCUCGGCUUCCCCACUCCAACUCGGCCUCCUCCUCAUUUGACCUUCACUCAUUCAGCCAUUCCUCCUCCUUCCCAGAGCGCUUUGGGCCAAGCUUCCCUGCCUCAGAGACUUACUCCACCACCUUGUCAUAUUACUCACAGCCAGGAGAGUAUGUCACCCCGUCUUUCACUGGGAAGGUCAAUCUACCGGUGGAGGAUCACAGUACAGGGUUGUUUGAUUCUGACGCCCCUCAGCCUCUCACCACAAGCAAAAGCCUACCUCAU